AUGGAGGAACGAAUGGAUACCGACGACUGGCCGGAUCUCUGGCAGGCUCUGGGCGUUGAAUGGCCAGUAACGGCUUCUACGCCAUAUCCACUAGUGUAUGGUAACCCUGAGGCGUGGCUGAAAACUGCCCAGGUCGAGCCAGAGCUGCUGCUCCAUCACGUGCGACGCUUUGUUUUCCCGGGUGAAUUGCUGGCUAGCCUAGGGGAUCACGUUCUCGGGAUGUGGACGGCUCAGUGGCGACAGGCGUGCUUGCUGUCUGGUCUACUUGAGUACAGGCGUCGAGUGCAAGAUUCUAUACAAUCACUGUGGCUAGAUCAAUGGAUCGUGCGAACACAGCAGCGAUUGCCUUCCUCCCGGCUGGCCCCAUUAAUCGACAAUACCGACGAUUGGGUCAAGCUGAGGGAGGUAGACUACGCUACCGAUGAUAUUUUGCGUCUUUGUGACCCUCACCGACGUAUACGCCUGAGUUAUCACCUACUAUGUGCGGUAUUGUUCGACGCUGAGAUUUUUGCGCUGACCGGGGAUGGGGAAAAACCACUUGAGCCUCCCGAGCAACUUCGAGGGCACCUACGCUUACUUCGGAACAACAGUCACUACAAGGAGGUGUAUUACGCUGACGGGGGAUCCAAGGUGGAUUGGCGCAAGCUGGUUUGCUUCUUUAAUACUGCGUUGGCUCCUGCAGAGCAGCAGUUUCUACUUGAGUACUAA